ACUGAAGGGGUCACAGGUGAGACAUUAGUAACGUAAACCAACGUUUGGAUCUCAAGUCAUACUGAGAUGCGUGGAGAAAAAAUAAGCAAACGUUAAUGAAAUCUUGCAGACAACAAAUAUUUGAAGGUUAACGACUCUUUAAUGCUAAACGGAACAACCUGGAGAGUUAAUGUUGCUAAUGAUGAUAUGAGAUGAUAUGAGCGAUACUACAUGUUUUAAUUGGGCAAACAUGGAGAGACGUGAUGGGGAUUUCUGCCAACCACACCAACACCAUCGCACGACAGCAGUGAGCGUUUUACAGCACGAACACUUCAGGACCGAAACGAGAGCGGGUUUGGACGCCAAAAAACGGUCAUGCGACUUUGAGCAUCACCCCUGUGGGUGGAAGGACAUCAGUACAAGCUCAUACCGCUGGAGACGGCAGAUGGCAAACAUCACCUCAAUACCUGGUCAGGACCACACCACAGGAAGUCCAUACGGAUAUGUCAUGCAUAUAGAUGGAAAACAAGGCAGUUUCUCAACGGCUAAACUGGAGUAUUCACUGGACAAGACAGCAGCUCUGGGAUGCCAGAUCAGUUUCUGGUACCAUAUUUAUGACCACUCGUCAUCAUCGUCAUCAUCAUCCUUUAAAGUCACAAUGGUCAGAGGCACCACUGAGAAACCCAUGCUGGACAUUUCUAAAAGUAAGACAGAUGGUUGGGAGAACGCCACGGUCCUCAUUAGUAAUCGGCCAGGUGGAUACAAGCUGCAGUUGUCAUUCAGUCCUUCAUUUAUGUCAGAAAGGGACUUCAUGCUAGAUGAUAUCACCUUUGAGAACUGUGCAGAGGGAGAUGUUCCCGCAGGAUCAGACCAACUCUCGUGUGAUUUUGAAAAGGACAGUUGUUCAUGGUACAAUGACUACACUGCCAGCCUUUUGUGGAAAAGGAGUAAUGGGGGAACUGAUGAAAGUCCAACUGGGGAUGGAUACUACAUGCUCAUAACUGCUACACACAACCUAAAUGUCUCAUCAGCAGCCAGACUCAUCAGCUUCCCUCAACCUGCGGGUCAAAUCCUAUGUGUGAGCUUCUUGUAUCACAUAUUCGGCAACAGCAUCGGUUCACUGAAGUUUAUUGCAAAGCAUUCCGGUGAAGCAGAGACGGUUGUGUGGAUGAGAAGCGGCACACAGGGAAACAAAUGGAGAUUUGCAGAUCUUACUUUCAACAGUGACAAACCAAUACAGUUCAUUAUAGAAGCUGUAGUGGGUGGAAAGCAAGGCACUAUAGCCAUUGAUAACAUAAAGGUGUACAGCAGUGAGACGGGCUCUUGUCCAGCUGAGAGAGAGUGCACCUUCCAGGGCUCCCUCUGUGGUCUGCUGCCCCAGCCAUCUGCAAACUUCACCUGGAGCCGGAUCACAGGGAAAUCCCAACCAGCGAACUCUUCAGGGCCAGCUGCAGAUCACACUCUGGGGACAGAACAAGGUUAUUACCUGAGUGCCCAGCUGUGGAGUCAUCCUGUGGGGUCCAGAGGAGCAGUGAUGACAGCAGUGAUGGAGCCCACUGCUCCUGAUGGGGAAUGUCUGAUGUUCUGGUACUAUAUGGAGGGAAAUGGAGUGGGGGAACUCAGUAUUUAUCUUCAAACCCCUGAUAACCACAGACGCUUUGCUCAGCUCUGGACCAGAAGUGGAGAUCAAGGAAAGCACUGGAGACAUGGAAGAGUGACACUCAGUUCCAGUAUCCCGUAUCAGGUGAUUUUUGAAGCAGUGGUUGGGGAAGGACCAAGGAAGGAUAUUGCCAUUGAUGACCUUACUGUCCUGAAUGGCGCAUGUCCCCCACCAGGUUUUUGUGAUUUUGAAAUGGACUUUUGCGGAUGGGUGAACAAUCCUCCAGCAGAGUCAGGAGUGGACUGGGACUGGCUGUCAGGUGAAAGUGAGGGUGAACUGAUUCCAGAAAGGGACCACUCCACAAAUUCUGCUUUGGGCCACUUUGCAGUCUUUAUACCCUUUGUGUCUGAGAAACAAGAAAUCGCCCAACUGGAGAGUGAGACGAUGGAGCCAGUAGACCGAGCCUGCCUGGAGUUGUGGCACUAUGCUGAAUCAUGGUUAAACGAGGGGCCCUUGCAUAUUAACCUGACAGUGUUUGUGAAUGAGACUGCUGGACUGCGUUCCAUAUGGAAUACAAGAGGAUAUAAAAAUAAAACAUGGAUCCAUGAGAGGGUGGACUACAGUGCAUCAGAGCCUCACCAGAUUGUUUUACAAGCCAGUUUUUCCAGCUCAGUGAUCGAGACCCUUGCCCUGGAUGACGUCCACAUCAUCAGGAACACGCGUUGUGAUGAGGUUAUUCCAACCACCACCCCAAUCCCUGCCACCACAACCACAACUGCUCCUGUCUCCCCCAUGGACUGCACAUUUGAACACGGUCUAUGUAGUUGGGUGCAGGAGGUUAGUGAUGAUGUGAACUGGACUCUCAGUAGUGGACGUCAAGUGGACCAGCCAUGGGACGGACCCCAGUAUGACCAUACUGUUGGAAAUAAUCAAGGUUUCUUCUUACUGUUGAAUGGAUCCGGAUCUAAAUAUGGGGAGAGAGCAGUCAUCUCAGUUCCUGUUCUCAAUCUCACAUCACACAUCUGUAUUGGGUUCUGGUACCACAUGAUCGGGCCUUCAGUAUCCACCCUGGAUCUGCUGGUUAAGACAAACUCCUCUGAAGAGUUAGUCUGGACUCGCCGAGGGACCCAGAAUCCAGAGUGGAUUCACGCACAAGUUACCAUCAGCGUGAACAAUAAAAAACAGCUGAUGUUCACUGGCCAUCGAAACACCGACAGUAAAGGCUUCAUUGCCAUUGAUGACAUUACAGUGAGGGAGGGAGCCUGCAGUAAUCAGAAAGUGUGUGGGUUUGAUUCCGGCUUGUGUGGCUUUGAGAACAGUGUCAGUCACAAGGGUAAAUGGGUUCGCGAAAGAGGCACAAAUUACGAGGUCGAUCACACCUAUGGAACUGAAAAAGGUUUCUUCAUGACUGUGAUGAAAUCAAACUCUACACAGACUGAAGUGGCAGAGCUGCUCACACCUGAGUUAAGCCCUGCAGAGAUAUGCGUUCGCUUCUGGUACUGGUUACCUGCUGGGUUUUCUAACGUCCUUUCCGUGCAUGUGCUGCGGAGCGUAGGGCUGACUGAUGCACUUUGGCAACGAUCUGGUGCGCCCUCUUCAGGCUGGGAGGUGGCAGAGGUCCCUGUAUCCUCCCCUGCAAAAUUCCGUGUGGUGUUCAAGGCAGACCAUGUGCCAGGCACCAACUCGACAGUGAAAUUAGAUGAUAUUUCCAUGAGGGAUGGGGCCUGCAGUCCUGCAGGCAGCUGUGACUUUGAGUCCGGGCAGUGCACAUGGGUCAACAUCGCCAUAGAAGAUGGACAUGACUGGGUGUUGGCCAAUGGUGGCUUUCAGGGUCCACCGACAGACCACACCACUCAGACCCCACAGGGUUGGUUCUUGUUGAGCUCAUCAGUGCACCAAAACCACAGCAGUCUUGCACAGGUACUGUCAGAGUGGAUCCCCAUGAAAGACAGCACAUCCUGUCUCACCUUAUGGUACCUCAUGGACAGCAGUGACUCGGGCACAUUGAAAGUGUAUGUGCGUUCAGGCCCAUCUGAGGAGAAUCUGGUGUUCAACAGUACCAGCAGUGGACGCAGCUGGACCAGGUUCUCUCAGAGUGUAGAGAGGAACAAACCUUUCCAGCUGCUGAUCGAAGCAGAGGCCAACAACAAAGGAUUCAUUGCUAUUGAUGACAUCAGUGUCACACCAGGCCAGUGUCAGGUGAAUGAAACGAGUUUGGGAUUUGUGGGUUGUUCAUUUGAAAAUGGCACAUGUGGCUGGGAGGACAUCAGUGUUGGUCAGUGUCGGUGGGCAAGAGGAAGAAAUGCUUCUGAAAACACUGGACCCUCUGUGGACCACACAGCAGGCACAGAACUGGGUUGGUACAUGGCAGUGGAGUCUGUCCGAGGAGAACAAAUGAGCCCUGCUGCUUUGCAGAGUCCCACCAUGACACAGUCCAGCGCCUCCUGCACUCUACACUUCUACUACAACAUGUACGGAGAUGACAUAGAAGAGCUGAAUGUGGUGUUAAUGGAGGGCUCCAGGAUCACCACACUGUGGUGGCUGUCCGGCAGCCAUGACGAUUUGUGGCACAGCGGUGAGGUUACGGUUGGUCGAGUACCUCAGGAUUUCAACAUCCUGUUCAAAGCCUCCAGAACCUUCACUAAGACCGGACACAUUGCCAUUGAUGACAUAGAUUUCACAAACUGCACCCUGCCUGAGUCACAGCCCUUGUGUCCAGAGAAUAUGUUCACAUGCAACAACACUGUGUGUGUGGAGCACAGCCAAGUGUGUGACUUCAGUGACGACUGUGGGGACUGGUCUGAUGAGAACAACUGUGAGACACAAGGUGUUGUGGAGCGCUGCAGCUUUGAACAAGGCCUGUGUUCCUGGGUGGAAAGUGAUGUGGACACACCCAAAGCCGAGUGGACGCAUCACAAAGGCCAGGAGGCCUGGCCCAAACACGGGCCUCCCAGGGAUCACACCCAAAACUCUGCUGCAGGUCACUAUGUGAUUCCUGGGACUAACCUGACAGAGAAAGGCCAGACGUCAGAGAUUCUCUCUAAAACCUUAUUACCCAGCUCUAACUGUGUUAUGAGAUUUUUCUUCUUCAGCUUGGAUGACGCCGCAGCCACACUGACAGCCCAGUCCAGGACGCUGCUGUCUGGUACUGGUGACACUGUGUUGUGGCUCAGAGAAAAGUCACAGAGUUACAGCUGGCAGAGAGCAGAGGUCACAUUCUCCUCCUCAGACAACAGCAAGAUUGUCUUCAGGUACAAGCGAGGUGAUGGUCCCAGAGGACUCGUUGCGCUGGACGACAUCUCUUUCUCCAGGGAGUGUGAAUUUGACCCUGACAACAACGAACUGCCUGACACAUCACCCACCUCAGCACCACCUACAUCCUCUAACACACCCACGUCUCCAACCACACUCACAACCUUAACAACACCAAGCAACCCCUGUAUGGAUGAUGAGUUUUUCUGUUGGCGGUCAUCUGGGAAAGUCUGCAUUCAGGCAGCUUCACAGUGUGAUUAUCAUCCAGACUGCCCUCAGGGGGAGGACGAGGACGGCUGUGGUCUGUGCUCAUUCGAGAGUAACCAGUGCCAGUGGACUGAUACCGGCGAUGGACAGAGCAGGUGGCAGAGACAGAAAGCCAGCAACAUCACCAAACCGCCCACCGAUCACACUACAGGCACAGGCUACUACAUGACAGUGAAUUUCAGUCAGGGGUCAGCACAGAGUGAGGCCCGACUCCAGAGUCCCCCACUCCCCCCCUCAUCCCCCUACUGCCAGAUUCAGUUUCACUUCCACAUCAGUGCAGAGAGUGCUGGGUCACUCAGAGUGCUUAUGCAGCAAGCUGAGGGGAGUGAAGCAAUCCUGUGGUCACGCAGUCACAACACUGUCUCCCACUGGACCCCGGAGUAUUUGCCUAUAGGCCUGCAUCAGCGGCCUUAUAAGGUUUGGUUCAGUGGCAGGAAUAAAGUGACUCAGAUGGACGCUGCUGCUGGAGAUUACGUUGUUGCUGUAGAUGAUAUCUCCUUCCUGAACUGUGAAAAUUCCUACCAACCGCCAACUUUGUCUGCGUGUGGCUGUUCUUUUGAAGACGGUCUGUGUGUUUGGAUGCUGGGGGCUGAAGAUAAGCUGGUCUGGCUCAGCAGGUCUGGUCCCACUGAAACCCCUAACACUGGGCCUGCAGGAGACCACACUACUGGAAAAGGGAAAUACCUCUAUAUCAAGAGUUCCCCGACAAGUGUAAAGGGAAGUAUGGCCCAGCUGAAGUCUCCACUGCUGCCACCUGCUGGUGAAAACGGAUACUGUUUCACAUUUUGGCACCACAUGUUUGGAGCUACUGUGGGUUCCUUGAGGAUGCUUCUGCAAACAGCAGAUCCCUUGAAGAAAACAAUGGUGUGGCAAAAAUCGGGAAAUCAAGGGGAUGAGUGGCAGUUGGUGCAGAUCCAUGUGACUUUGCAGAUUGUCCACCAAGUCAUACUGGAGGCUACAGUGGGAGGGGAGGCAGGAGACAUAGCUGUCGAUGACAUCUCCCUCACAAGUGGACCGUGUCCCGCCUCUGAUUUGUGUGACUUUGAGGAGGGGAGCUGUAACUGGCAGCAGCAGACCACCGAUGACUUCGACUGGAUCAGACAGUCGGGCUCCACCCUCAACCCCAACACUGGACCAGUGGGCGACCACACCACCAACACACCUAUGGGCCAUUACUACUUCCUGUCUUCUUCUUCUACCGACCGCGCCGGACAGACAGCUAAAAUGUCUUCACCUCUGUACCCUGCAGGCAAAGGAGCUUGUGUGCAGCUGUGGUAUCACAUGUAUGGCAAAGGAAUGGGGAUUCUGAACGUCUACCAGCAGAGCGAAGACGAGAAGCAAGCUCUGAUUUUCUCUCAGACAGGAGACCAGGGCCGGCUGUGGAGGUUCGCUCAGGCUUCACUUCUGCCUCGGGUUCAGCCUUACAGGAUCGUGGUGGAAGGUGUGAAGUCCGGCCCCACUCAGGAGGGAGACAUGGCUUUUGAUGAUGUUCAGCUGACAGACGCUCAGUGUCCUCCUCCUGGACAUUGUGACUUUGAGACCAACAUGUGUAGCUGGAGCAACGUCGGAGAAGUUGACCAGGAGGAUUGGCUCCGUGGGAGAGGAGCUUCCCCAAAUCCCAACACUGCACCCAGUGUUGAUCACACCACCAACUCAACACAUGGUUACUAUGUGUAUGUGGACAGCUCAGUGGGUGAGUGGGGAGAAACGUCCUUCCUGAUCAGCGAUGUGUUCCAGCCGUCCACUAGAGGUCACUGUCUGACAUUCUGGUACCACAUGUACGGCAGCCAUGUUGGGACUCUCAGAGUUUAUGUGAAUGACAGAAAAAUGCAUACUGGUGGCAACGAAGAAGGGACUCUGAAGUGGACUGAGACAGGAAACAAGGGAGACAAGUGGCAGGAGGCCAGAGUGCCUAUUAAACACGAAGAAGCCUUCUGGUUUGUAUUUGUGUAUCAAAGGGGGAUGAAUACAGGUGGGGACGUUGCGCUCGAUGACAUCACAGUCCUCCCUGGCGGCUGCUACUCAGAACCUCCCAUUGACCCUCCAGAUAAUGAAAAUGACAUGUUGUCCAUUGGUCUGGCUGUUGGUCUGACUCUGCUGGCUGGAGUCAUCAUCUCCAUCUUCCUCUGUUGGAUGAACAGGAAGCGUAGUACAAUGAAUCAACAGACAAUUUUGAAUAACGAUGCAGUUGACCAGAAUGCUGCAUUUGAUCUCUUUGACUGCAAAAUAUAUGGCACUCAACAUGGAACUGAAUCUGACCUUUCCUUCUUCAACAACCUAUAUGAUCCGACGCCCCAUGUAAUCGAUGGCCCCAUGGCUUCAUCUGAUACUUAAUCCAGAUUAAAAGCUACAGUGAAAUAAAUCAACUAUAACCAAUGUGUAAAUGA